CGUAGCUCAGUUGGCUAGAGCGUAAUCUUAACAUAAGCGCUCCCAUGAGCUGUGUCAAGACGGUUAAGGUCCCCGGUUCGAACCCGGGCGAAAUCAUUUUUGCACUUUGAUCUCUCGCAGACCGUCGGUAGAUCACCCUUGUCGCGUCCCCCAAGCUCUCUUUUUCGCUACCGAACCUGCCAAGACUUAGCGUAGCAGUAGUAGUAGUAGUAGAGAAGCUAAGCGCCCGCUUUCUCGCACUACCGACUUCAGAGACGAAAUAUGACAGACCCGCAGAUCAUCUCGCACUCCUCGCUGCAGUCCCUCUCCGCCCAAGUGGCGGGCCACGAAGCAGGGGUGCAGACGCUAUGCGACGGCGCCUUUGUCAUCAAGACGUGCAAGCGCGCCGAAGCUGACUUCUAUCAAGCUGCAAUCGCAGGCGCUUCAUCAUCGCUCGACGAGGUCCGAACUUAUUUCCCUACCUUUCAUGGCACGGUAGAGAUUCGAGAGGAAGGGGUCGGAGAAGUGAAGCAGGCCGUCAUCCUCGAAAAUCUCACGAGGACCUUCGAGAGGCCAAACGUACUCGAUGUCAAGCUGGGGCAGCAACUAUGGGACGAAUCGGCGAGUGCCGAGAAGCGCAAGAGAAUGGAGGAAGCUAGCGAACAUACUACCAGCGGCCAGCUCGGGCUAAGACUUACAGGCUGGCAGUGUUGGGAUGAACGUCUAGGCCGAUUCAGUCAGAUGACCAAAAAGUUCGGGAAGAGUAUCAAGGGGCCCGAAGAGGUGGCGCUUGGUCUGAGGCUCUUCAUGGGAAGGCCUGCGGGGGGUGAUGCCGUCAAAGUCAAAAGCAUCAUGGCCGAAGAAGCUCCUGUGAGCCUGCCACAGCUUGACGCGGAUCUCACGAGAAAAGUCAUCGAGCAACAUAUUCUCACCGCCUUGGACAACGUCAUCACCCUCGUCUCGCAGCUUGAAUGGAGAGUGCGGGGCGGUAGUGUAUUGAUCAUCUACGAGGGCGACACCGACACGCUCAGGUCUUGUCUUGCAUGUCCUUCGCCUUCUCCUCCUCCCCCAGGGCGAAGAGCAGGUCAACGGGACGAUAUUGUCGACGUCCAUCUGCCUCCUGCACCGGCGCACUUGCCCAGAAAACGAGCUGUUGACAUCAGGCUCAUCGACUUUGCCCAUGUCAGCCUCACACCAGGCCAAGGACCAGACUCUGGUUAUCUUCUCGGCCUGAGAAAUAUCAGGCAGCUCUUUGCCGAUCUUCUUUAGAUCUCUGAUGGUGCCUUUGAUUGACAAUAGUUUCGAUGUAAGACUAAUAAUACAAUCCUCCUGCUUUGCGUUGCGUUUGCGAGUGGAAAAUAGCCAUCACUUUCGCUUUCCGCCUUUCAUGGCCGCUCUUCUGCCCUCGCCCUUCUUUGGCGGUCCUUUUCCCAGCAUCUUCUUUCUCUCUACAUCCUUUAAUCUCUGCACCUCUCGCGGAUCGAUUAGUCGUGUCACUGGAUCCACGUCCUCGGGUCUCAGUGCAUUCGGU